AUGGGAUGGAUGAGGAAUUCUAUGGGAGAUGCGUCAGAACAUUUUCCUAAGCCUAAAAAUCAAGCGACUAAUCGUUUUGACGCUGAAGAGAAUAAGCAGAUACGAAAAACGAUCGCCGAGUGUGUUGAUCACCAUCGAUUAAUAGUAAGUUUCGCAGAUGACGUAUCAGAUUUCUACGGUCCCAUGCUUGCUUUAAAUUAUAUGUACCAUUUAAUUAGUUGCUGCCUUUUACUUCUAGAAUGCUCGCAGAAGGAACCCGAUGCCUUAGCACGUUACGGACCGCUUACAGUUAUUAUAUUCGGUCAGUUGAUUUCAGUGUCCGUUGUAUUUGAAAUCGUUGAAACGAAGAGUGAAAAGCUGCGAGACGCCGUCUACGAAAUGCCGUGGGAGAGUAUGGAUUUGAGUAAUCAACGAUCGGUGUGCAUCUUUCUGCGACGUUCACAAACAUCCAUCCAGGUCACUGCUAUGGGAAUGACUAGUGUCGGUGUUCAAACUAUGGUCAACAUAAUGAAAACAUCAUUCUCUUACUUCGCUUUUCUGCAAUCCAGAAACGAAUAG